CAGUCUCCGAUAGUGAUGCCUUCAAGUGUUCUUCGGAUCUCCCUGCUUCAACUUGAAACUUUGAGAAACGCAAAUGAAAAGCAGCAACACCGACGCCGGAUGCUAGUCGUAAAUGGUGCCUCUUGCUCCACAAUGGAAAGUGAGGACUGCGACAAGAUGCUGGGACGGCUGACUAUGGGAGACAUUGCCAAGGGGAAGAAGACCUUCGUCCAGAAGUGUGCUCAGUGCCACACAGUAGAGGAGGGGGGCAAGCACAAGGUGGGCCCCAACCUCUGGGGUCUGUUCGGCCGCAAGACCGGCCAGGCAGACGGCUUCUCGUACACAGACGCCAACAAGAGCAAAGGUAUUGUGUGGAGUGAGGACACCUUGAUGGAGUACCUGGAAAACCCCAAGAAGUACAUUCCUGGCACCAAAAUGAUCUUUGCUGGCAUCAAGAAGAAGGGAGAGCGCCAGGAUCUCAUCGCAUACCUUAAAUCGGCAACAUCGUGAACUUAAAAAAACAAAACAGACCUAAAAAUCAGAAUAUUUAAUGUUAUUUUUUAUUUUAGUUUUAGUCUUGAACAUGCUGCAUCUAUGGUUUUAUGUUUAGUCAUUUGUACUAAAGGUAAAUUUAUGUUGUCUGCUGUUAUUGAGAUGGCACAUUUUGUGAGCCAGUGAGCUCACUCUCAGGCGAGCUGAGUUCAGGUGGCUAAACAUAAAACUACAGUCCAUUUUGGGUUGUUUUUGUUUGGUUUUUUUUUGUCGAUCUGUACGUUGCCUCAUGAGAAGAACAAAUGAAUCACGUUAUUUAAAAUGUAUAAAAACGACGAGCAGCCUGACCUGUCAUUCAUUCUGUUUUCAAAGAUACUUUCUGCUAGGAGAGCCAUCUUCAGUGAGCUUUGUUUUCCAAACUAAUAAUUAAAAUCUAAUAUCGGUUAUGUCUGAGCAGUAAUGGCUGCAAAGGUUGGGUGUCUGGUGGUUAACUGCUGACUUCCGGUUGACUCCCAGCCUUCAUGGCAGCCCGAGUUGCUAACCUCCCAAAUGGAGACGCAGUGUGAAUCAUCUGCACUCCCUCUUGUCCAUCCAGCCCAUCAGAAACUCCCACUUGUCUUGAACGCGGUUUAGAUUUCACACUAAAUAUUCUGUCCUGUGAAGCUUUUGGACAAAAGCCGGUGCUGAAUUGUACGACUCCUACCAGAGCCCCCACCUGUUAGGCUACUGAAGCAGCCCCUCUGAGCUCCAGUUUUUACUCCCCGCCUGCCGUCACACUCGAUACGAGUUUUUAAAACAUGAUGACCCACCGUCGUCUGCCUCUUUUACAGCUAAGAAUUGUGGUGUAUGAUUACAUGUCAAUGCCUUGAACAGCCCCACCACGCUGAGAUCCCUACAGCGUGAAACCAGUUGGCAUACAAUCCCCUCACGUCGUCGUGGAGCUGCUGUACUGUGUAGAAGAACCUUCACGGGCACCAUCUGGAGGGAAGGAGGAUGUUAUUAUUUACCUGGUUUCACAGGCCUGAAAGUGUCGUUUUUACUUCUUUUACUGUAAUCUGACAGACUGCAUUUGUGAAGUGUUUUAAGGGGCUGCUUGCUCUUGCAGUACACAGCAAUAUACUGUAUGCACAAAAAUAAUAUCAUGUGGUAGUGAUGUUGUUGAUGAUGGAUCGAUUAAAGAGAGUGUCCAGAAGUGUAAA